GUGUUGCAAGGCACGAAGCGACAUAUGUCAAUCACGAGUUAAAGCUUGAGUAACAGAGUUGAGCACUUGAUUGGAGUACACGCCCACACACACAAACACACAUAUCUGCCGACAUACCUACCCGGAAUUUACUCUCAAGGAACCAUCCCUUCUGUGUUUCAUCCGCCCAAAGCGAACCUGAUUUCAAGAGAAAUAUCGGCUACAAAGCAGCGAGAAUGCCUGGCUCUGAUUCAGGGUCGUCUACGACCCGUUAUGACCAAAAUUUCGACAUAUCAGCAAAGAAUGAGAUCGGUACAGCCGAGGCGUCACAAGAGACAUCGAUUAUGGAAAAGAAUUCGAUAGAGCAGGUUUCGUCACGGGAAAACACGAAUAUCGACAUAGAGAAGGGCGGCGCCGAGGUGGUAUCAACACAGCCGGCCGCGGUGCCCGGGUUCAACCCGGAUGACUUUCCAGAUGGUGGUUUAGAGGCUUGGUUAGUAGUUGUUGGCGGGGCGUUGAUCUUGUUCUGUUCGUUCGGCCUCGUAAACUGCUCAGGAGUCUUCGUCGAGUACUAUGUCAAUGGCCCGCUGUCUGACUACACAUCCUCAGACAUAACGUGGAUCACGUCGCUGCAAGCUUUCCUCGUCACGGGAUCCAACCUGAUCAUGGGCCGUCUAUUCGACAGCUACGGAACCCGUUGGCUCUUACCGAUCGGCACCGUCAUCUAUUCCUUGGGUCUGAUGCUCCUCUCGCUUUCGACAAAGUACUAUCAGAUCGUUCUCACUCAGGGUAUCGUUAGCGGCAUUGGAGCCGCUUGCGUAUUCAACUGCGCCAGCAACUCGACCAUCACGUGGUUCUUUAGGUACCGCGCCGCGGCCCUGGGUAUUGUCGUAGCAGGAUCGUCAGUCGGCGGCAUUGUUUUGCCUAUUCUCAUGAGUCACCUUAUCCCUAAAAUCGGCUUUCCCUGGACGGUGCGCAUCCUCGGGUUUAUUGUGCUCGUAUUCUGCGGCAUCGCCUCCUUUACUGUCAAGUCCCGCCUACCGCCUCGACCAAAACCCUUCCAUUUCGCCGAGCUUAUUGCACCGUUUAAAGAAGUCAGAUUCGCCUUGGUGGUCGUGGGCGCUUUCUUUUUCUUUUGGGGCUUAUACCUGCCCUUCAACUACCUGAAUAUUCAAGCCCAACAGCAAGGCAUCAGCCCAUCCUUGAUCCCAUACAUCUUACCCAUUGUGAAUGCUGUCAGUGUUCCUGGACGUAUCAUCCCCGGCAUCCUUGCCGAUCGCUUGGGUCGCUUCAACAUGAUGAUCAUCAUCGCCACGCUCUCAGGAGUCAUCACCCUUGCGUUGUGGGUGCCAGGUCACACGACAGGCACGACACUCGCAUUCGGCGCUGUCUACGGGUUCACUUCCGGUGCCUUCAUCUCGCUAGCACCCGCCGUCAUCGCGCAGAUCAGCGACAUACGCCAGAUCGGCGCGCGGAGCGGCGUGUUACUAUUUAUCAGCUCCCUCGGCGCUCUCACCGGCUCUCCUAUCGGCGGGGCCAUUGUUACCGCCGAACAUGGCGAGUACCUCGGUCUGAAGCUCUUCACGGGUAUCGCCAUCCUCCUGGCCGGUGUGUUCGUCUUGUUGGCGCGAACGGUCCAGGUCGGGCUGAAGAUUGUGAAGAUCUAGGGCUCGGAAAAAGGAGUCGAAGUUGUACGAGACGAUACCCUUGAAAGGGUGUCUCCAACUCACAUAGAAGGGUUUUUUAAUCGAGGAUCUAGAGCAUAAUUAGAGUUCAGCAUUCAGUCAUUGAACGGCGUUUGGGUUAUUGCAUUCGGCGGUAUACCAUGAUAUAACAUAGCAUCAUAGACACAACAUCGAUAGCAUCUUCCUCAUUUCAUAAUGC